UGUCAUCCACCUGUCCAUGAACCGCACUGCAUGAAGUAGGGGAGUGGAGAAUCGGGCCGAAACGUGGGACGAAAGUAACAAAGCGAUUUUCUCAUAGCUCUGACUACAUUUGCAUUUCCAACUAUGACAGCACCUUUAGCACGCAACCCUUGACACAUCUGACAAAUAUCGCGUUAUUUCUUCAUCUGUCGUGCGUCUGGAAAGCUGUUUUCGACCAUGUCAUGCGAUGGAUGGUCCUUCCUCAUAUACUGUACAGAGGCAGGAUGUGGUAUUUAAUGAGUAUGUUCUUCACUUUUUGCAAAUGGCAGUGUUAUUCAAAAGUCUACCAUCUGAAGUUUAUGCAGUAUAUUUAAAGAGUAUAUAAAAGGAUUCCAGCACUUGAUGUUGAACUGGGACAACACUGAUUUAACACAAUGGGAAAGAUAAUCUUUUAUGAAGACAAGAACUUCCAGGGUCGCUCCUAUGAGUGCAGCAGUGACUGUGCUGACCUGCACUCUCAUUUCAGCCGCUGCAACUCCAUUCAGGUUGAGAAUGGAAGCUGGAUGGUGUAUGAGCGGCCACACUUUAUGGGUUACCAGUACUUCUUGAGCAGGGGCGAGUACAGUGACUAUCAACGAUGGAUGGGUUUCAAUGAUUGUGUCAGAUCCUGUCGAAUGAUACCACAACACCAGGGAUCCUACAGAAUGAAGAUCUAUGAACGUCCAGACUUUGGUGGUCAGAUGAUGGAGUUUACUGACGACUGUCCGUCCAUUUAUGAACGCUUCCGCUACAACGAUAUCCAUUCAUGCAAUGUACAAGAUGGAUACUGGAUCUUCUAUGAGCACCCCAAUUACAGAGGGAGGCAGUACCUCCUGAAACCCGGCGCAUAUAAGUGGUACAGCGACUGGGGUGCUAUGACUUCAAAAGUUGGUUCUUUCAGGCGUAUUACCAUUUGAUUCUGACAGACAGGGUAGAUCUGAAAUAAAAUAAACAAAGGAACAUUUUUUUUCUCUUAUUAAUGACAUUUACUAUUAAAUA